CUUUACUUUCGUUGAGUUCAAUCGACACAGUAUUAUUCCAGACAACUAGAACUGAUUCUCCCGUGGGGUUAGAUCUGAUCUCGGGAACGACACAAAUGGCAUGGUUGUGAUUUGAUUGGUAUACAGGUCGAGUGAUGCAAACAGGUAUAGGACAAGACUUGCUUUUACACAUCAACAGCGUACACUCCCGAUGCCAUGAUGCUACUUCAGAUGAAGACCUUUUACCUCCAAAUCACUGUAGGCCAGUGACAGGUGUGGAGGUUUUCCUCUAUAGUGUUUGUGAUUCUAGAAGGAUUCAUCAACUGGUCCAUCAUGUCCACAUUCUCAGGGUAGGGAGGUUAGUGGUGUUGCAAAAAAAGCAGAGGCCGGGAAUAUGCUUGAAGGUCUGCGAACGCAAAUCAAAGCUACCUGUGUAGGACCAGUACAAGGACGGAGGUGCUCAGAUCUAGUGCAGGUACCGAUUACUCGUUCUCAAGCCGGUCAUGCCGUGGAUUCUCACUACAUGGUUCCUAAAACCAUCAUCAGGGGAGCACAUUGACUCAGUACUAAAGCUUGCAAGCUUCUUCUGAGUUUGCCUCAACGCUACGGCCCUUAUGAAAAAAACAAAUCUUGUUGUCGCAUCUGGUUUGCUGGCGAUAGUGGGAGACCAAACAGAACCCUGACCAUCGGGAGUAAAAUUGAUUCGUUGACGUCUAUUGGUCUUUCUAGUAGCAACCCCUUUGGAUCCCUUUGAGACCUAAAACUUAUAAAAACUGCUGUUCAGUGUUUUUUUACAAUGGAAAAAAUGUCGG